AGUGGUAAAGCAACAAAUGUAAUAUGCGCCAAGAAGUCCAUAAAACUGCAAUAAAAAAAAUGUAAACUAUAAACUAGAUAUAUCAAUAAGUUCAUGUGCUGCUAGCCGUCAAAGUGCUGCAACUGCGCUGCGCGUCAAUUCCUUUCCCUUUUUUUAACGUGCGUUUGCGACGCACAUUCAUACACAUGUAUGUCGAAUUGAGUCCAAAAUCUAAUAGUUUAAGCACAAACAUGGAGCCGGACGAACUGCAGCCAAUAAUGUCUGAUCCCAUUCAGUCAUACAAGACGCGUGCCAAAAUGAAUCCGGCUAAGAAAGAUAAUGAGAAACGGCGACGAAAGGAUGCGAUGCGAAAGGUUUCGCUAAUUUUACGCAAAUGCGAUUCGCUGCGCACCGCCGAAGAUCGGCAGUUUCUGGAUAAGCAUCCAGAUAUUGUGAAAACAACGAAGAAACGAAAGGAGCGCAUCGAGAUAUACAAGGAGCGCGUCGUCGAGAAGGAGGACGAGCCGCAUGUUAUCGAGGCUAAGGUGGAGCAGCUGGCCAAUAUCAUAUCGCAGGCAAAGCAUUUAAUUUGUUACACAGGCGCCGGCAUCAGUACCGCAGCUCUGAUACCCGAUUACCGCGGCAGCAAAGGCAUCUGGACGUUGCUGCAGAAGGGCAAGGAUAUUGGAGAGCAUGACCUUUCCAGUGCCAAUCCCACCUACACCCAUAUGGCGCUAUACGAACUGCAUCGACGUCGCCUGCUGCGGCACGUCGUAUCGCAGAACUGCGACGGUCUACACCUGCGUUCCGGACUGCCGCGACAGUCCCUCUCCGAGAUACAUGGCAACAUGUACGUGGAGGUGUGCAAGCACUGUAAGCCGAAUGCGGUCUACUGGCGCCAAUUCGAUGUGACCGAAAUGACGGCACGCUACUGCCAUAAGACGCAUCGGCUGUGCCACAGUUGCUCGGAGCCGCUCUACGAUACCAUCGUGCACUUUGGCGAGCGCGGCAAUUUGAAGUGGCCGCUGAACUGGGAUGGAGCCACGAAGCAUGCGGAGAGAGCAGAUGUAAUACUCUGUUUGGGUUCUAGUCUAAAGGUGCUGAAAAAAUACACCUGGCUCUGGCAGAUGGACAAGCCGCAACGGCAGCGCGCCAAGAUUUGCGUCGUGAAUCUGCAAUGGACGCCCAAGGACAGUAUAGCCAGCAUCAAGAUCAAUGGGAAAUGCGACAACGUCAUGGCACAGCUGAUGCGUCUGCUGAACAUAACGGUGCCCGUCUACAGCAAGGAGAAGGAUCCUAUAUUUGCGCAUGCCACGCUUCUGAUGCCCGAAGAGUUGCACACACUGACGCAGCCACUACUAAAAAAUGCCGACGAGGAGGAGGCGGGUGAUACACAGUCCUGUACGACGACAACAGAGGAGACGCAGGAUUCUACAAUUUCCGGCGAUAGCUACAGCGAACUGCCUAUUGGCAGGGGUCCUCGCAUACGGACACCUAUCAAAAAUGGGCGGCGCAUUAAAACCAACCUGGAGAUGCGACAGAAGUAUGCGCCACUGCCAAAUGAUAGUGCCGAGGACACCAAGCCCGAAAAUGUUCUGCAGCUAAAAAGCGAAACGGAAGAGGAUAUCAAAGUGAAGACUGAAACGGAAACGUUGACGAUAUGCGAGCUGAAGCAGGAAACGAAAAUUGAGGAAGAACUGGUUAAGACUAGUUUGGAAAUCACAAGCAUCAAGGCGGAAAUGGUGCCCAAACUGGAGCCACUGACGCCCAAGCUAGAGUCGCCAAGUGAAGCCACAAACGGACAUCAGCACAAGAACGGUCUCAUUGAGCUGCCCAAACUAGUCGCCAUACAGAAGCCGUACCCGGAUUUGAACAUCUGUCCGGGUAUGUGUCUGUUGCCUGUGGAGCUGCGACUGGAGCCAUGUGUGGCCAGCUUGCCGCCGGUGCAGCUGCCGCCGCUGGUACCAAUUGGUGCACCGCUAUACACUCCCUUCGUGCAACCUCUGAUGCAGCCGCAGCUUGUGUUGCCGCCAGCGCUGCAGGCGCUUAACUUGCAAAGUGAUAGCGCCACCUGCUCCGCUGAAUCGACAACAGAAAACGAUGAUGACGCUGACGAGGACGACAGAGAUGAGGAAGAGGAGGAGGAGGAGGAGGAGGAAAACGAGCAGUUUGCCAUGGCACAAAUGGAUUUGCUGCGACGUCACAGCGAUAACGAGCUUCUGCGCCAGCUGCCCAGCUGGUACGACGCCAAAUAUGCGUAUUCGGGGCUGCACAGCAUAUUGAUACCGCCACCGUCUGAUCUCAACAUUUGGAACUCGCAAGUGGUGCCCAAUUUCGCUAUGAAUCGCUCUGCCGCCGGCUGUGAGUUCUGCUUCGAUCGCUAUGCAGAGCUCGAGUGCCAGUUCUAUCGUCGCUGGCAUCUCAACCAGCGCAAACACAAGAAGCGAGCGCGCAGCGGCCGCUUUGUCGUCUGCGAAUGCUGUCCGACCAGCGACGAUGACGAUGACUACGACGAAAAUAUCUCGCUGGCGCACAUAGCCGCUGCCGAGACGGCCAAGCGCCGGCUGCAGCUGAGCCACAGUUUUCCGCGCAAGCUGGCUCGCACCCAGGCCGGCUGGUAUGGCAAGGGCUAUAAGAAGGGCCGCAAGCGCAGAUAGACGCCGCGGCCAGGACACGCCCAUGUCGCUUCAAUAGUAUUCGAGCAUAGUCUAGUAGCUAUUAUAUAAUCGUAAGCAGCGUAUUUUAAGUAUAACUAUAUACACAUUUAU